GACGGGUGUAGGGUUUGGUCGAUCGGGAUAUUCGUUAAGUAGAUACCUAACUUGAAAAGUGAUUUUUUAUUGACUUCAUAGUGAAGUGUUGGUUAUCGUGUUUUUGUUACCGGCUAGAUAAACAUCGAGCAUGGCGCCGACACCGCAGGAGCCCUGUGCGCAGGAGUUUUCUGGUGCUGGCGGGCUGGACGGCGAGCGAGUGGUCAUAUCCGGCAUGUCGGGGCUCUUCCCACAGUCAAAACACGUUCAGGACCUGGAAAAGAUCUUGUACAACAAGAUAAACCCGGUCACCGACUCGCACAAGCGCUGGCGUUUCAGCCAUCCGGAGGUCCGUGACCACACCGGCGUGGUCCCCAGCUUGGACCUGUUUGAUGGUCAAUUCUUUAUGGUGCACUACCGUCUUGGAAACUCCAUGGAUCCUAUGGGCAGGAAGCUGCUUGAGCAAGCUUAUCAGGCUAUUUAUGAUGCUGGUGUGAAUCCAGAGCAUCUGUCUGGAAGGAAAGUUGGCGUUUACACUGGAUCCUGCUUCUCUGAAACUGAGAAAGCCUGCUUUUAUGUUGCAAGUUCCCGAACUGGUUUUGGUAUUGCGGGAUGCAGCAAAACAAUGUUCGCGAACCGGAUCUCCUACUGGCUGAACGCAAAGGGUCCGUCGAUGUCCAUCGAUGACGCAUGCUGCAGCUCCAUGGCUGCAUUGGAACAGGCUUACCUGGCGAUAUCUCGUGGGGAAUGCGAGGCAGCCGUGGUCGGAGGAGCCAACCUGUGUUUGCAUCCGCAAUCUUCUGUGCAUUGUGGCAGAAUCAUGACGCUAUGUCAGGAUGGAAAGACCAAGUCUUUUGAUCAGAACGCCGAUGGUUUAGCCAAGUCUGAGGCUGUCAACGUGUUGUUCCUACAAAAAGCUAAGGAUGCUAAAAGAAUUUACGCAGAAGUCUUGCAUGUGAGGAGUGAAUUCACAUCUAUAGUGGAAUGCGAGACGGGCCCAAAGUUUGGUUUCUAUCGGGAUCCAUUGAGCAUGGUGAAAUUCUUGAAGAACUUCUACAAGGAAGCCAAGAUUCCUCCACAGGCUGUGGAAUAUGUCGAAGCUUUUGGUUCAGCCGUGCCAGAAGCCGACAAGUCUGAGCUGGAAGCUAUCGAGGAAGUGUUCUGUAAGAACAGAGACAACCCACUCCUGGUCGGCAGUGUCAUGUCGAAUAUUGGCUACGGAGAAGCUGCCGCUGGUAUAUCUGCGAUCACCAAGGUCCUACUAGGCUACCAUAUAGGCGAGCUAGCAGGCAACUUACACUGCGAGAAUCCCCGGCGCGAUAUUCCUGCUAUCCGAGAUGGCAAGAUGCAGAUUGUGACCGACCACACUCGUUUCGGUCGCUCCUACACCGCCAUCAACGGGAUCUCCAUCACUGGUAUCAACGCUCACGUGUUGCUGCAUGGUCACUACAAACCCAAGGAUCCUAAUAGAUACAAAUCAUCGAUACCACAUUUGGUCACGAUCUCGGCUAGGCAGGAUACAGCCGUGAAGAACAUUCUAGACGAUCUGAAGUCUAGACCCAUAGACCCUGAAGAACUGGCGCUCUUCCACAACAUCCACCAGACUAGAAUCUCUGGCCAUUUAGGGAGAGGUUAUACUAUUUUGGCAACCAAUGAAGAAGGCCAGACAGUCAGUCUGGCUGAGACGUCGAACUACUUCGAUGAUGCCAAACGCCCGCUGUGGUUCGUGUACAGCGGGAUGGGCUCGCAAUGGGCUGGCAUGGGCACGGAACUCAUGCGCAUACCCGUCUUCGCUGCUGCCAUUGAAAGAUGUCAUAAGGCGCUUGAACCAAAGGGGGUGGAUAUUGUACACAUCAUUACUUCUCCAGACAAGACCAUUUUUGACAAUAUUCUCAAUUCUUUUGUCGGAAUCGCAGCUGUUCAGAUCGGUCUUACCGACGUACUGACCUCUCUGGGCAUUGUGCCUGAUAAGAUUAUUGGUCACAGCGUGGGUGAGCUAGGGUGCGCGUACGCCGAUGGCUGCUUCACGGCCGAGGAGAUGAUCCUGUCUGCGUAUAGUCGCGGUCUGGUCUCUGUGCAGACACCCUUCAUCCGGGGGUCUAUGGCUGCCGUCGGUAUUGGUUACGAAAAGGUGGUCCCACUCCUUCCGCCAGAGAUAGAGGUGGCGUGCCACAACGCCCCUGAGUCCAGCACCAUCUCAGGACCAGCAGGAAUCAUGAAAGAGUUUGUGGCACAACUCACCGCGCAGGGAAUCUUCGCCAAAGAGGUCCCCUGCUCCAACAUUGCUUACCACUCCCGUUACAUUGCUGAAGCUGGCCCUGGUCUGCUCAAGUAUCUGAGUGAAGUGAUCAAGAAUCCGAAGCCUCGUAGCGACCGCUGGGUUUCUACCUCCGUGCCUGAAGACAAGUGGGAUGAACCAACGGCUAAAUUAUCAUCGGCAUAUUACCACACCAACAACUUACUGAAUCCAGUAUUGUUUGAAGAGACGUCCCGUCUAAUCCCAUCGAACGCGGUGCUGGUGGAAAUCGCGCCACACGGGCUGCUGCAGGCUAUCCUGAAGCGCUCCCUACCAGAGUCCUGCCGGAAUAUCGCACUGACGCGUAGGGGACAUGCCGACAACACCACCCUAGUCCUCGAUGCUAUCGGCAAAUUGUACAUGGAAGGCUACAAUCCCAAGGUCCAAGCUUUGUACCCGCAAGUACAGUUCCCCGUGUCUACAGGGACACCCAUGCUGAGCCAUUUGGUUCAGUGGGCCCAUAACGAGAAAUGGAGUCUCCCCUUGUUCGUGAGUGCUCAUAGGAAAAUGGCAGCAUCUUGCAAGUUCAUAAUAUCGACUCAUGAUGAAGAAAGCAAAUACAUACAAGGAAAUGUUAUAAGAGGCAAGACGGUGUACCCGUACGCGGCAUCCCUGGUAGCAGUAUGGGACACCCUGGCGAUGUCGAUGCACAUGCCCCGUAAGGCGGUGUCCGUGGAGUUUGGUGACGUGCGCCUGUUCGCCUGUCCCGUGCUGCACGAUCGACGGCCCCUGCGCCUGAGCGUGGCUUUGCACCGCGCUAAUGGAUACUUUGAGGUAUUGGAUGAGGAUCGUAUUGUGGCCAUCGGUUAUAUCCGUGGCGAUGUUCAGGAGUCUACGAGAGCUUUUAAAAUGACCUUCGAGUCUGAAGAGGAGUUGGAUGUCACGUCUGAUGAUGUCUACCAGAUGUUCUAUGAACGGGACUACUUUUAUAGCGGCGAGUGCCGUAGCAUCCACAAGACGAACAAGUCCCUCACAGAAGCGCAGAUAGUAUGGAACGGCAAUUGGGUGACAUAUCUCGACGGUUUACUUCAGUUGAGCACUUUGAGAAACAAACAUGACACUGUGUCACAACCCAUUGCCAUUAAGAAGAUCAACAUUGACCUAAAAGAGCACGAUAAGUGUAUGAAAUUAGAAUCUGAAGGCGUCACUGUUGUGCCUGCUCACGUGUUUGAGGUACACAAUACUUACAGGUGCGGUGGGAUUUUGAUGCAAAAUAUUCAGUUUCGUAAGCUUCAGUUGAUAGGUGAAAACCCAGUUGACUUGAAGGCUUUAAAAUUUGUUCCACGGAACCAACCUACUCUUGACGUGGCCAGCACUCUUCAAGUAUAUCUACAAAUUAUAGCUGAAAACAUAAACAAAGAGAACAUAAAUGUACUUGGAAUUAUAAAUAGGGGUAACGAAGACCUCCGCGUAUUUGACGCGAUCAGAAACGGUUUGAACGACAUUCCUGGUAUAACAGUACAGUAUGAACAGAUGAGGAGAGACCAAGUUCUGGUCAAGAGAGAUCAUUUCUUGACUGAAGUGGAUCUAGUUCUGAUGCAGGACUUAUCUACAGAUGAUAGCCUAUGCCAAAUGCUGUAUCGAGUUCUCCGUCGAGACAGUUUCCUGAUCAGCAGCGAGGAUCAUACAGAAGAUCGUGUGCGCCCAUCAGCACUGUACCGCGUCGUCUCCACGCGUAGCCAUAAAGACAUCAAACUCGAAUUAGUCAAAUGGAGACCAACGCAAGCGACCGCAGCAUCUACCGUAGUCACAGUGCGCAAUAGAUCGGAACUGUCGCUCCUAACUGCGACUAGGUCGGACUUACCCCAAAGACAUAGGCUGGUCAUCUUGUCCUCAUUCCCACCAGUGUCGGGGUUGAAAGAACUCGUAAAGCAAUGGAGGAAGGAGGUCGAUCGUAACCAAAUAUAUGUGGUGAUGAUUUCGGACAGGGAUAAUCUGGAACAGCUGCCGGAAUUAGACUUAGCAUUUAAUGUGCUGGUCAAUGGUGUUUGGGGAGGAGAAUACUAUACGUCAUGGCAGGACAAAGUCACUGCAGAUAAAGCAGUCGCAUUGCGUAGUUCCCGUGUCGGUGAUUUGGAGUCUUUACACUGGGUUGAAGUUGGGGCGCCUACUGAACCCGGAAUACCAGUUACCGUUCAUUAUACGGCUAUAAACGAUUAUGACGUCAAAAAAGCAACAGGCGUCGCACAAAUCAGAUUUGAGAAGGAAACCUCAUACUGCAUGGAUUUCAGUGGUGUUACUGACAAGGGAGAUCGUGUUAUGGGUGUGAUUCCAACUGGUGCGGCUUGCAGUCGUGUCAAGGCUCGUUCGAAUCUUCUUUGGCCAGUACCGGAUCACUGGAGUCUUGAAGAAGCUGCUACUGUACCCUCAGCUUAUGCUCAGGCUUUCUAUUGUCUCGGUGUUAAGGUCCAGUUUCGUCGUGGUUACAAGAUCUUAGUUCACGGCGCUACGGGAGCAUUAGGUCAGGCCACCAUCAAUGUGGCCUUAGCUCAUGGGUGCGAAGUGUUUGCGACUGUCAGCGAUAUUCGCAAGAAACGCUUCUUGAUGAAGCUCUUCCCUCAGAUCAAAGAGGACCACAUUGGUAAUUCUCGCGACGCAUCAUUCGGAGACAUGGUCAGGAACCUUACGAAGGACAAAGGGUGCAAUAUAGUGAUUAAUUGUCUUAGGGGACAACUGAGAAAUGUAUCAAUGAACUGCCUAUCUAUGUGCGGUAUACUGGUAGACACCAUUCAGAUCCCACACCAAGAGGAUUAUAACUUUGGCUUGUUCUACCUCACUAAAGAACGGAAUUACACGCCUAUCGACUUUGCUUCCGUCCUCACGGAAAACAGUAAAGAUUUACAGAAAAUCCAGAUCCUGAUAAGCGAAGGCAUAGCCCGGGGGUACGUGAAGCCGCUGACGCGCAUGACAUAUGCGCCGGAGCACGUGUCACGUGCGUUCCGCCUGUUCGCGGCCAGCAGGCAUCGUGGUAGGGUGCUGCUGCGGCUGCAAGGGAAGAGCACCGUCGCUGAACCCAGGCUGACCUGUUCUCCGGAACUGUGUCACGUGGUGAUCUGUGAUGAGAACAUCUUCGCUCUGCAGUGGACCGAGAGGCUCAUAAGCAGGGGUGCCAGGAAAGUGCAUCUACACUGUGGUCAUCCUUCCAAGAACUUGCAAUUGAAAGUUCAGACCUGGCAAAGCCAAGGCGUUAAAGUGCAAGUAUCAUCUGAAGUCCUGAUGAAUAACAAGGGGAUAGUGAGUGUGCUCAGUGAGAGCAACCGUCUAGGCCCAGUUGAAGGUAUCUACGUCAUCGCUACUGAUGCAUCUGAGAAGUCUGUUGAUAAGAUCUCCGCUGUAGUGGCUAACCUGGAUCUAGCUGCUAGGAAAUUAUGUCCUUCAAUCAGGUUCUUUGCGGUUGUUAACGCGGGAAUAUCUGUUGGGCAGCAGACUUGUGGUGUUAGGGUCAGAGAUGGAUUACCAGCUACAGUUCUAAAUUUGCCUGCUUUGAGGAAACCACAUGACGUCAAUACCACCAAAGAGACGAUCUCAUGGCGAAGUGCGGUGAAUGCUACGGAGCGCGCAAUACGCUCGUCACAGUCGAACUUGCUGGCGCAUCCGCUGACAGUACCCCGACCUUCAUUGUUGCAGCAGAUAGCUGCUAUUUCAGAUAUAGAGAUCUCUGAAGAGACUGCAGGCAACAUUACGUUGUUGGAUCUUGGUAUUGAAGUGGCGAAGGUGCCUGCCAUCUGUUCCUUCUUACAAGACACGCACAAUGUUACCCUGAUGGAAGAAAAAAUACCGAAUCUUACGAUACAGAACAUCAGAGCGCUGGAAGAAAUCGCCACAGGUAUCAAGUUCGAGAAAGUUCGAGGCUUGAAGACUUUUUUCACGUACGUCGACCCUGAUGAGCUGUUGGCUACUACCGAGAUGGUGUUCCUGCCUACCCUCACUAACAGUUCUACGAUGAGAGAAGAUGAGUUCAACGUGAACGACACUUUUCUGUGCAUAAUACCUGGUAUGGAGGGCCACCACCACCGCUUCCAGGUGUUGUGUGAGCGGCUGAAGCUUCCGGCACUGGUCCUACAACCUGGAUUGGACCACCUGCGUGAGACUCCUCGGGAAACAGCUGAGAGAUACGCUAAGAACCUUCUGAAGAAAGCGUGUGUUCGAAGCAAUUUCUACCUUUUGGGUUACGAAAGUGGAGUUCUAGUUGCCCUGGAGCUUGCUGCUAUUUUGGAAGAUCAUGGAUUGAUCGGCACAGUAUUUUGCCUCGGAGGAACUCCUGAGGAGUUCCUGGCAAUUCUUGAUGAAGAAUUAAGCGAUAUACCCAACGACGAGGCUCUACAAGACGCGGUUAUUCACCACAUGUAUACUCUUAUGACUGGCAGCGAAGAGGGCCUGGAUAAAGCGCUGGAAAACUCCUCAACUUGGCAUGAAAAGGUUGAAUCUUGUGUGAGAAUGUUACUUGGCAGAGUUGCUCAUUCGGCUCAGUACGCCAGAAGUCUAUUACAGGCUGCAUACGCAAGACUAAAGCAAGGACAAACGUAUAAAUUACAGCCUCGCGAACUGAAAUCGAAACUUGUUCUGCUACAUGCAGCAAAUUCACACACAGACGUGUCCCCUGCGAAGUUAUUACAGAGAUAUUCCCAACACUCAGUCACUGUUCACGAACUUUGUGAACCAUUAGCACAUUGCACACGAGAUCUCCGUUGUUCAGCAAUCAUCAACAGUAGCAUAGAUCCAGAAUUAAUCAAAUCCUUCAACGAGAGGAAUAUCUGCGACACAUACCUCAUGAAUGCCGAUACUUUCAUGACGGUAGUCACAGAUGCUGAUAAUAUUGAAUGAAAUGUACUAAUAAUUUUAUACGCUCCAGUUGUUGAAAUAUGUUGUCUGUUAUUGUACUAUUAUUUUAAUCACAAGGGAUUUGGUUGUUGUGAAAAUGAAUGCUAAUAAAGAUAUAUUAUCUGAACA